AUGAACUACGGCCUCAAUUGUUCAUUAGCUCUGUGCAAUAAACUAGACUUUUUACCAUUUGUCUGCCAAACAUGUCAGUGUGCUUAUUGUCCUGCCCAUAGGUUUCCUGACACCCACGGAUGCAUAUCUACUGGCCAGACUAGUUCGUAUUUGGUAUGUCCAAAGUGUUCGCAACGUAUCCACCAAGACAAGUAUAGCACAGAUACUGAAACAACAGACAUUGAUAGCCAGCAGAUCUUGAAUCGACACAUUGAGGCAUCAUGUCCAAAGGAAUUGGACAAUGUGCUUACAUCUGCAAAAAUAUCUUGCAGUUUUGAUGGCUGUUCCACUGCUGAGCUAUGGGGUGUAGUCUGUCCAUCUUGCACCAAUAAGUUCUGUUUAGCUCACCGUCACAAAUCAUCUCACAACUGCCCAUCGAUUGCUCAGUCUGCUGCCAACAAACUUGAGGAGCAAGCACGUAUCAAGGCAUUUGUCUCUCAAACCUUGUCCAAAAUGCCUGCAUCUAACUGCACCACUCCCAACACACUGAAUCAACCCAAAGCGAAUUCUAAAAAACUCAAUCCAGCUGUUUCGCUCAUCAAACUCAAGAUGCAUGCUACAGGCGAUACAAAAAUUCUUCCUGAAAACCGUGUAUACCUCUUAUGCUACUCUACGGAGCUCCGUACUUCAAUGGGAGUGUUUUAUCACUCAAAUACAGUGAUUGGACGGCUUCUUGAUUUGGUUGCCUCCAAGGCUAAUGUGAAAAAUACCAAUAAUAUUGCCAGUAGUGGUCCACCUUUGGGUUUGUUUCAUGGUAAAACUGGCAAUCGGCUACCCAAUGACAAAUCGCUUCAAGAUCUGUUAAAAUCAAAAGUACUGAGUCAGGGCCAAUGCAUUGUUCUCGAUAGAUCUCAUGAAGCGUGUAUCGACGUAUCAAACAUUCCCGAAACAUGACUCUAAUCUUAUUUACCCUCAAUUGAACAAUAAAUGCUCGAGUUGGUUAGAA